AAAUGAGACAGAAGGAUUACAAAAUGGUAGCCAGGCUGUAACCGGUGUGUGAUUGACAGUGUCUGAAAAUUAAUUUCAUCAGGUUUUUGUAUAUUUUAAAAUUAAUGAUCAAAGUAUGGCCCAUUUGUUAUUGUCUUUAGGUAGCAGAGUUGAAAGAUUUGUAUUUCAUUCUGCACAAAAAGGAAGAUUUGAUUAUCAAUUAUGGAGGCGAUUAACGAUGUUAAAUAAUAAAAAAUUAUCAGCAAUUGAACGUCUUCAUCAACAGUUACAAUUUCAUUCUGAAAAAUCGCGAAAACAGUUUGAAUUUCUAUUCAGAUUGGGUGGAAAAAGACAGAAUGUUAAAUGUAGUGGAAAAAGUGGAAAAAAUGAACAAAAUAUACCACCAAAGCAAACACCACAAUCAAAUAAAGAUGAUUCAAGUGGAUUUCGUAUUGGAUUUGGAUUUCGUAUAGGAGAAGCAGGAAAAGAUGGUGCUAGAGGAGGAGGAGGAGGAGGAGGAUCACGAGGAAUGGGAGAUGAUGGUGAAAAAAAAUGGCUUGCUUAUGUAUUAGGAGGAUUUUUUGGUUGUGUUGCAGUGUUUUGGUGUUGGAAUGUAAAUUAUCAAGAAAUCACGUGGAAGGAUUUUGUGAAUAAUUAUUUAAAUAGAGGAUCUGUAGAAAAAUUAGAAGUUGUUAAUAAAAAAUGGGUACGCGUUCAACUCGCUCCUGGAGCGUCAUCCGAUGGCUCGACAUUAUGGUUUAAUAUCGGCAGUGCCGAUACAUUCGAGAGAAAUUUGGAGAAUGCACAACUUGAAUUGAAUACAGAACCACAGAAUUAUAUCCCAGUUGUUUAUAAAGCAGAAAUUGAGUUAGCACAGGUUGUUGGAUAUUUACCAUCACUCGUUCUUCUUGCAUUUUUAGUUUACGGUUUCAAUCGUUCCGCUCAAAUGAUGGGAGGCAAAGGAGGUAAAGGAGGUGGACUUUUUGGUGGUGUUAUGAAUUCCAAUGCUAAAUUAAUCAACAACAAAGACAUUGAAGUUCGAUUCAAAGAUGUUGCUGGCUGCGAGGAAGCAAAAAUCGAAAUUAUGGAGUUUGUCAAUUUUCUAAAAAAUCCACAACAAUAUUUGGAUCUUGGAGCUAAAAUUCCCAAAGGAGCAAUGUUAACUGGUCCUCCGGGAACUGGAAAAACGUUAUUAGCAAAAGCGACAGCGGGCGAGGCAAAUGUGCCUUUCAUUACAGUUUCUGGUUCUGAAUUUUUGGAAAUGUUUGUCGGCGUUGGUCCAUCGCGUGUCCGAGAUAUGUUUUCAAUGGCUAGAAAAAAUGCUCCCUGUAUAUUAUUUAUCGAUGAAAUUGAUGCCGUUGGUAGAAAGCGUGGCGGAAAAUCGUGGGGUGGACAUUCGGAGCAAGAAAACACAUUAAAUCAACUUCUUGUUGAAAUGGACGGUUUCAAUUCAACAACGAAUGUGGUCGUUUUAGCCGCAACUAAUCGAGUGGACGUUUUGGAUAAAGCACUUUUAAGACCCGGUAGAUUCGACAGACAAAUUUUCAUACCAGCCCCCGACAUUAAGGGUCGUGCCUCAAUUUUCAAAAUACAUUUAGGACCUAUUAAAACAGCAAUAGAUAAAAAUGAAUUAUCCCGAAAAAUGGCGUCUCGCACGCCUGGUUUUACUGGUGCGGAUAUUGCAAAUGUAUGCAAUGAGGCGGCAUUAAUAGCGGCUAGAGGUUUAAAGGCAAAUGUUGAGUCUCAAGAUUUUGAACAAGCCAUUGAGAGAGUAAUUGCAGGUAUGGAAAAAAAAUCACAGGUCUUACAACCGGAUGAGAAAAAAACAGUGGCUUAUCAUGAGGCUGGUCAUGCAGUUGCUGGUUGGUUUCUUGAGCAUGCGGAUCCUCUUAUUAAGGUUUCAAUUAUUCCACGUGGAAAAGGUUUGGGCUAUGCGCAAUAUUUACCACGCGAACAAUAUCUCUAUUCAAAAGAACAAUUAUUUGAUAAAAUGUGUAUGACACUCGGUGGUCGAGUUUCUGAGGAAAUGUUCUUUAAACGAAUAACGACCGGUGCACAGGACGAUUUACAAAAAAUCACUAAAAUGGCAUAUUCGCAAAUAAUUCAUUAUGGAAUGAAUGAAAAAAUUGGAAAUGUCAGUUUUGAAAUGCCAGAGACAGGCUCGCCCUACACGGAUAAACCUUAUUCGGAAAAUACUGCACAAAUGAUCGAUCAAGAAGCACGAGCAAUGAUUGACAGUGCAAAGAAACGAACUCGUCAAGUUUUAGAAGAUCACAAAAAUGAUGUCAUUAAGGUAGCCGAACGUUUAUUGAAACAGGAAAUUUUAAGUAGGGAAGACAUGAUUGAAACAUUAGGACCGCGACCAUUCAAAGAAUUAUCGACGUAUGAAGAAUUUGUCGAAGGUACUGGAUCAUUUGAGGAAGAUACAACACUUCCAAAAGGUUUACAGGAUUGGAAUUUAUCGAAGGAGGAUAAAGAAAAAGUGGUAGAAGAAUCGAAAAAUGAAAGUAAAGAAAGUAAAUUGGAAAAAGAAAUAACACCACCGCCAAAAUCACCGAAACAAUCGAAAAAACAACCACAACCGUGAUUUUAAUUUUUAUACCUCUCGAAUAUUUUGUCCUUAUUGCAUACACAAUUUGUACUUUGUAUAAUAGUUAAAUAUCUAUAUAUAUAUACAAAUUAUAUAUAAAUAUUAUAUAUAGUUUAGAAAUAAUUUAUCAUUCGAUUUGGCGCACUCUUUUCUUAUAUUUGUCAGUCAUCACCUGUAAUAAUUUUCCUAUCGCGAUUUCGCCAAUAUAAUAUUUGUAAGCAGACAUUUGAAAAAAAAAUUUUCAUUGUAAAUUUAAUCCCUAUUAACUUUGUUUAUUUGUUUUUUUUUGUUAAGCAUUUUUUUUUAAUAACAGAUCUCAAUUUAUACGCGCCUGAUUAAUUGAACUACUUUUAAUUGAUUUAAAAAAAGGGAUUUUUUUUACGUUUUAAUAGUCUGUGUUUGUGUGACUUUUAAAAAGUGUCACAAUAUCAGCUGUCUGCUAAAACGAUGUACAAUAAAAAGAAACUGUCAAUAAGUAA